AUGUUUGAGGUUGAAGAGGUGCUUUCGGCUCUUUCGGUGGAGGAGAAAAUUGCUCUGCUGUCCGGAACGGAUUUCUGGCACACUGCCGAGUUUGCACAACAUGGAGUCCCGAAAAUCCGCGUGUCUGAUGGCCCCAAUGGCAUUCGAGGAACUAGGUUCUUUGCUGGAGUCUCUGCGGCAUGUAUCCCUUGCGGGACUGGUCUGGGUGCAACGUGGGAUAAAGAGCUUCUGCGCAAGGCCGGCGACCUGAUGGGGAAAGAGUGCAUUGCCAAGGGUGCUCAUGCCUGGUUGGGUCCUACGAUCAAUAUCCAACGGUCCCCGCUAGGUGGCAGAGGCUUUGAGUCGUACUCGGAAGAUCCGUAUUUGUCGGGAGUCCUGGCAGCCCAUGCGAUUCAAGGAUGCGAGGCGACGGGAGUCCAGUCGGUCGUGAAGCACUUUGUCUGCAACGAUCAAGAGGACGAGCGGAGAGCUGUCGAUACCUUGGUCACGCCUCGCGCGCUACGAGAGAUCUAUGCCCGGCCCUUUCAGAUCGUGGCCCGGGAUGCGAAACCGGGUGGUCUUAUGACGGCUUACAACAAAGUCAACGGAUGCCAUGUCUCGGAAGACUCUACGCUUUUGGAGGAUCUCGUCCGUCGUGAAUGGGGAUGGGAUCCCCUCAUGAUGAGUGAUUGGUUCGGUACCUACUCGACCGUCAAGGCUAUCACGGCUGGGCUGGAUCUUGAGAUGCCCGGCAAGACUAGAUAUCGCGGUGUGCUCGCGAACUUUGCUAUAGGGUCUCGUCUUCUCACCGAGACGACGAUCGACCAGCGUGCCCGCCGGGUCCUGAAGUUCAUGAAGAGAGCAAGUGAGGUGGAGGUCAGCCCGGUUGAAUCCAGCCGAGACUGCCCGGAAGACCGCGCGCUCAAUCGCGAACUAGCAGCGAACAGCAUCGUCCUUCUGAAGAAUGACGGAGACAUCCUGCCCCUUCAGCCCAAGAAAGGCAGCCAGAUCGCGGUUAUCGGCUCACACGCCAGGUACACCCCGAUCAAUGGUGGUGGCAGCGCCUCGCUCGAUCCGUACUAUGUGGUCAGAAUUCUGGAUGCAAUCAAGAACAAGGUCGGCGAUUCCGUGACUGUGAAGUGGGAAAUGGGCGUAUGCGCUGUGAAGAUGCUUCCGAUGGUCGAUUCGCUUAUUUCCCACCCGGAAAACGCCUCUGGAGGCCUCAUCCGGUUUUACAAUGAGCCAUGGAGCCCUGGCGCCUCGCCAAGGGAGUGCAUUUGUGAAGAACCCCUCAAGAACCUGAACUUUCAGUUAAUGGACUACAACCGGAACCCACGACUCAACUAUGACCUCUUCUACGCCACGGUCGAGGCCGACUUCACUCCCGACGUCAGUGGUCUUUGGGAAUUUGGCCUGACGGUCUGCGGAACAGCAGACCUAUACAUCAAUGACCAGCUGGUGAUCGAGAAUUCCACUAAUCAAGUUGCCGGCGAGGCUUUCUUCAGAAAGGGGACCAAAGAGAAGAUCGACAAGAUCUUCUUGGAGAAGGAUGUCACAUACAAGCUUCGGAUCGAAUUUGGAAGCGCCAAGACAUCCAAGUUGAUGCAGGUCGGCGUUGUCAGCUUCGGCGGCGGAGGCGCUCGUCUGGGAGCCAAACCGGUCAGCAACCUGGAAGCUGACAUUUCUCGAGCAGCCAGGCUGGCUGCAGAGUCCGACUACGUGAUCGUUUGUACCGGGUUGAACAGCGACUUUGAGUCUGAAGGCUACGACCGCCAACACAUGGAUCUUCCCCCCGGCGUGGACGAACUGGUGACGCGAGUUCUGGAAGCCAAUCCGAGCGCUGUCAUUGUGAACCAGAGCGGGACGCCGGUUACGAUGCCAUGGCUAUCGUCUGCCAAAUCGAUCGUUCAGGCGUGGUAUGGCGGCAACGAGAGCGGCAACGGGAUCGCAGACGUGCUGUUUGGGGAUAUCAACCCGAGCGGCAAGCUUCCCUUGACGUGGCCGGUCAGACUUGAAGAUAAUCCGUCCUACGGUAACUUUGGGGCUGUCGCAGGCAGAGUACUGUAUGGAGAAGACAUCUACGUAGGAUAUCGCCAUUAUGAUCUGGUCAAGAAGCAGCCGGCUUUCUGCUUUGGACAUGGCCUCUCAUAUACGCAAUUCGCACUCUCGAAGCUCGAGAUCGAUGGCAACCGAAUCUCCUUCUCUGUGACCAACACCGGCUCUCGAAAGGGUGCAGCCGUCGCACAGGUCUACGUGUCAGCGCAGACCUCGACCUUCCCUCGUGCUCCGCGCCAGCUGGUUGCAUUCGAGAAGGUGAGCUUGGAGGUCGGACAGAGCCAGAGGGUAAGCGUCACAGUGGACCGGUAUGCCACAUCCUACUGGAACGAGGCGGAGAAAACGUGGAUCAACGAGGCCGGCGACUAUGGUAUCUCGGUAGGGUUCUCAUCCAGGGAUCUCCUUCUCCAGGGUGUCUAUCGCCUAGAACAGAGUGAACGGUGGCUCGGAUUGUAG